UGCCCCAGUUCAUAUGGCUGGCUAGGGCAUGCUGGGAGCUACAGGACUUUUUUCUCUGUUCUUCAUUGUCAUAAGGUUGUGGCCUCAGUGUGUUAAUUCCACCACCAAAGGCCCACCACGAAUCCACGGAUCUCCUGGAUGAAACUUGUUUGUCCCAUUAUCAUUACGUUUCUCUGUUGCCCAUAGUUGCAGCUCUCUGGGCAGUUCACAAUAUUUAAGUCACCCGUCCAGAUUUCAACCAGGCCCAACCCUGCUUAGCUUCCAAGAUUAGACAGGAUCAGACACUUUAGACUACGUGGAAGAUUUAUGGUGCCAGAUAAUGGGGUAGGGACAAUUGUGAUGUCGAAUGCAAGAAGCUGUGGUAUCAAAUGUUCAGGGAAGUCCCUGUUGUGAACCACCCAGAUUGCUUUGGCUGUUGGGCAGUAUAGAAAUAGAAAAAGUAAUACUAAUAGUGAUGGUGGCAAAGCACCUGGAAAGCCCCUCUGAUCCAUUUUUUUUCUUGGGUAAGUAUGUGCCGGACCACGCCCUUAGUGAAUUAAUUCAUCGAUAAGGUGUGCAGUUACACAGACCUUUUCUCAGUACCUUUAAUGAACUGAACUGGAUUGAAAAAACUGGAAAGUGCCAAGAAAUCUCAGAAGAACAGUCCCUGCUUUAUAGACUGAAGCAAAGCCUUUGACCUUGUGGCUCAUGAGAAGAUAGGAAUGAUCCAGUCAUCCUGAUGUGAAACCUGUAUCAUGGACAAGAAGCUACUGGGAGGACAGAAUAUGGAGAAACAGAAUGGAUGCCUAUAGAGGCCUUGUCUCAUCAACUAACCGAUCCGGGGAAGACAGCUGGUUAAAGUCACUGUUUGUUCGCAAAGUAGAUCCCAGGAAAGAUGCUCAUUCCAAUCUCUUAGCCAAAAGGGAGACCAGCAGUCUUUAUAAACUACAGUUUCACAAUGUCAAACCGGAAUGCCUGGAAUCCUACAACAAGCUUUGUCAAGAGGUGCUGCCAAAGAUCCACGACAAGAAGGAGUAUCCAUGUGCACUGGUGGGGACGUGGAACACGUGGUACGGAGAGCAAGAUCAGGCUGUCCAUCUGUGGAGGUAUGAGGGAGGCUACCCGGCCCUUACAGAGGUCAUGAGCAAGCUUCGAGAUGACAAGGAGUUCAUGGAAUUUCGCAAAGCAAGGGGAAAUAUGCUUCUCUCCCGCAAGAACCAGUUGCUGCUGGAAUUCAGUUUUUGGAAUGAACCUGUUCCCAGGACAGGGCCUAAUAUAUAUGAACUGAGGUCUUAUCAACUGCGUCCCGGAACAAUGAUUGAAUGGGGCAACUACUGGGCUCGCGCCAUCCGCUUCCGGCAGGACGAUAAAGAAGCCGUGGGAGGCUUUUUCUCACAGAUUGGACAGCUCUACAUGGUUCAUCACCUCUGGGCUUACAAAGAUCUCCAGAAACGAGAAGACAUACGGAACGCUGCAUGGCACAAGCCUGGGUGGGAUGAGCUAGUGUACUAUACAGUGCCCCUCAUUCAGGAAAUGGAAUCCAGAAUUAUGAUACCGUUGAAGAUUUCUCCACUUCAGUAAAACUACUGACUGACACCUACGGGUAUAUUUGAAUUGAGAAACAUUUACGUCUUUUCGCUAAUUUGAUUGUAUGUGUGCAGCAAUGGAAACAUUGCCUUCUGAGAGUCCUGUAUACAGGGGGCUUAUAUGUGAAGCUGCUUUUUCUUCAGAUCCUGUAGUUAAAAUGCAUUUGGGAAAAUUGUGUGGUCUUUAUUUCAGUCUUGGAAUUCAGCCACCUCACCUGGGUUUCAGUGAAAUAGCCCUUUUCAAGCUCAGCCAGCCAUUUGGAGAGCCAGGGGGCACUGAUGGAAACGCACAAGGCUCGGUAGUAGUUGCACGACCUUUAAGCACUUGAAUGAUACUGUAAUUAUCAGGGGCACGGGGAGGGAUUUCUCAGGUCGACUCCCUUGCAUUCUUGAUUUCAUACCUAGCAUUACUUGUCUGAAGUAACACACAGUGGCUAAGUGAAUCCUCGUUCCCCCCUUUUCCACUUGGAAUUGCGCAGAGUACCCGUGGAAUCCCUGCUUUCCCUCUUUCUGAUGAGUUUUUAAAACACCUUUCUGCAACCGAGUGCCUUCCGGAUGGGUUGGGCUACAACUAUUCUAAAGGAAGAAGGACGGUUAGGUUGCAGGAAGGUUGCUCUGAACCCUCUGAUUCUGGUCCUCUUUUCUGCUGGCCUCCCUGAAAUAGUUUGUUUUGCAGUUCUGUCUGGUCAAGUAAAACUAAUCAGUAACACCUUUUCUGAAUUGUACCACUUCAGGUGGCAUAUCAGGGAAAUAGCUGGUCUUAAACCAAUUAUUAGGAGAAGCAUGCAAACACACAGACUCCCCACGCCAACCACUGGAAGUCAUUCAGUCCAAGGCCUGCAUGUUUGAUUUUGCUGAAUGAAAAUACUGACCUUUAAAAAAAAACAAAAACCGACCGUUGCUGAUGCAGCAUAUGCUGUCGGAAAGGACUGCAGUCUGAAUGAUCAGCCCCCGAAAUGCAGCUUCCUGAUUUGAAUGACAUAACAGGCAUACUUCAGUCACUGACUGUGAACAAUCAAUUGAAAUAACCCACAACCAUCACAUCUAUGCCUUUAUCUGUUCCCACAAGCAGGCGCCGUCUCAAAGAUGAACAUUUUUAAAGUGCAGGUUGUUGCUUUUAAAAGCAAGGACUCGCCUCUCAUCCUAAGUAACGAGACCUUCUCCCAUGCUGGAAGGCAAUGAGACUGGUAUUUCUGGGAGCCAGCAGUGCUAGGAGGAAUGUGUUGAUCUGAUACCACAGUGCAGAAAUGGAACGGUCAUAAAGCUUUUCGGGGUGUGAGCCACAUGUCCUUGCCCCCAAGAAAGUAGACCCAGCCUUUGAGGGGCCCUUCUUACAGCUUCGCCACUGGAAAGGGGCAUUCUGUCUUUAGGGCAGGAGGAGGACAUGCUGCUUUGCACCCUUUCUCCUUUCCAUCGUGCUUCUCCAGCACCUCCCCUUCCCAAGCUGGUUCUGGCACGGUGGAUGUGGGAGUGGCAAGCACUCACUCCCAGUACGAUUUUCCUUCUGGACAAGAGGCAGGCAUGAGGCGCUCCCCAGCGUGGACUGAAGGAGGUUCAGACUGGGUGGGGACGCUGCUCUUGCGCCAAACUUGAGAACUCCCUGGUCUACUGGGUUAAGAAGAGUUGAUGUCAUGGCCGUGUUAAAAGCACUCCUGGACUGUGCAGUGAAGCACCUGUGUGUGAGGAAAGGGGUUUGCCUUGAAUGAUUGUUCAUGAGUUCAUCCAUUUCUGUGAUUUGUCUAAUGUAACUGCUGAAGGUAAUUCUGAAAAGCUGAUGAAAACAUGAGACAUGUUUAAUCACUUCGGACUGGCACAAAUCAUCGGUGUCUUUUGUGUCCAGCUUCCUGUUUUUGAUUUCAUUUUAGAAAAGAAGGGUUUUAUUUCUCAUGUCUCUGUAAUCUUGUGAACAUCUUGUAUGUUGAAAUGAUAUCCUGUUAGCUAACAAAUCAGUGCAUACAGUCUGUGUCCAAUCACUUAGGAAACAUCCACUUUAUACAUUUCAGUGAGUUUUCUGGCAAAAUGUGUUGAUAAACCCUAUUGAUUUCUCAUA